AUGCUCAGAUACCCAUUUACACCUAAUAAGCCAUAUACAGCUCUUGCUUUGAAUUUCACAUUUCCACGUUUCUUCGAUAAGAUGUGGGACCAAGCAAAAACUCGCGUUGCUGCUGAUGGCGGCGUAAAUAGAAUCCAUAAAUACUUCUUAGAGAAGAAUAUCAAUAAUUACAAGGUUCCUGACUUUGUAGGCGGAGACUUCGAUAGUGUUAAACCGGAUAUUCGCAAAAUAAUGGAAUCAAGAGGCUCGAAAUUCAUUCAUACAGAAAACCAAGAUUACUGCGAUGUCCAGAAAACCAUCAAUCUGAUUAUAGAGCGCAAGAUAUUAGAUCCUAUUAUUGUUAUGGGCGGAUACGGUGGAAGAUUUGAUCAUACAGCAGGUGUUCUUAAUGCAGCUCUAUGGGCAGAGAAGGCUCCAAUAUUCUUACUCGAUAAUACUAACAUUAUGACAUGGAUUAAACCAGGAAUGAAAGGAAUUGAAAUACCUCCAACGUGGACAACCGGAAAAUGCAGCCUUCUUCCACUUGUAAAUCCAGUAAGAAACAUAAGAACAUCAGGAUUAAAGAUUAAUCUUAACGGACCUCUCGAACUUGGAAAACACAUCUCUGUUUCCAAUAAGAUGACAGGCAAUUCAGUUUUAAUCAAAACUACAGAUCCGAUUUUGUUUACUUGCCAAAUCCCAGAGGAUCCUUUUAAGAACCGCAAAUAA